UCUAACUUGUUAAUAGACCCAAAAUAUCUUAUUUUAUCCAGAAUUAGAGCUGCUGCAGCUGAAUAUUAAAAUCCUGCUCUUGGAGAAAUGCAACAAAAACAUCCUUUUAGUGAUAAAGUACUAAAGAUAAAGACUGUAAUGAAUUGGGAAUGGCAAUUUUCUUGUAAUUCUGAUUCUAACCACUAGAUGGCAGCCUGCCAUCAGACGGCAGCAGAAGACCCACAGCCUCCAGAAACUGCAGCCAGGGCCUUAAUCAUCAGUGGACAUUGAACGCCUGAUGGCUCGGCUGCAGUUUUAGCCUGGAUGUUUGUAUCCACGUCUCUCCCCAUGCCUUGGAUAACAGUCGCCCACCUCAAAGGUCAAAGGACAGCUGGACAGGAGGAGACCGGAGGCUGGGAUUGGACCAGUAAACUAAUGGGGGAGGAUGGAGGCAAGCAGAGUUUCAUUCGAACCCAAAACCAAGGUCAGCCCAAAGGUGAAUUCUGGGCCCAGACCCUGAGAGCAAUCUGCUGCUGCGUCCCAGUGGCUGCAGUGUGGUUCGUCUGCCAGCUGGAGGCGCUGCCGCACCCCUCUCUGCCGCAGGAGGACGCCUGCUGCAGGCUGCUGCUGGUCUGCUUGCUGUGGGCGUCUCUGGCUGGGACUAUUUACGCCCUGAGGUGCUGCCUGCGGCCAGGACAGAACCGGGUGGAGCCUCCUCAGGGGAAACAGCAGGUGGUUGAGCCUGAAAACUGCAGAAGUCUGUAUUCUAGCCAGCUCUCCAGGACGGCCCAGACCCGGACCCCGGAGGAGGCGGUCCCUCUGACCCGGGUCCUGACCGACUGUCUGCUGCUGUGUGUGCUCCAGGAGCCCCUGCAGGACCCCGCUGUGUCCCACGUCGAGGCUCUCCACGCCAGGCUGGAGGCGGUGGCUCGCACGCUGGACAAGGCGAACUUUGGACCGGAGGCCAUGCAGGAGGAGGCGGGCCGGGGCGCGGCGCUGACGGACAGACUGAAACUCCUGUGCGCGUACCUGGAGCAGAGGAUGGGAUCCCUGAAGGCUCUGGUCCAGGUGCAGGCGGACUUUGAGUCCAGUGUGAAGGACUUGCUGCAGGGCCUGGACGGGCUCUGGACCCAGCUGGAGGACCUGCACACCGGGGUGACGUUAACCAAACAGGACAGCCUGGGCAACAGAGACCUGGCUUCGGUCCAGGCAGACGCCGAGAACUUGAUUUCAGUGUUGGGUCGGUAUCAGAACAAACGGCAGUCCUGUCAGAACCAUCUGAAGGACAGCACCCAGCUGCUACAGGAGUUAACGUGGAGCCACUCUCACAUCAGCAGCAAGGUGAACGGCACCAGCGAGUCCGCCUGGCCUGAGCUUUUGCUUCAGUCCAACAUUGAGCAGUUCGACAAAGUUCAGGAGAGUUUCAGCUCCCUGGAGCAGCAGACCGCUACCUUUAAGACUCACCUGCAGGGGCUUGGAAAAGAUAACAAGAAGGGGCCAGGUGGGCCCCAGGCCCGCGCUAACGGGGCCGGUUCGGGCUUGGACUCUCUGCAGAAUCCCCUUAACUUUGCAGAUUUGCCUCUGAGGAGUUCGACCCCCCUGGGGACGAAAACCCACUCUUCUUUAUCGCUGCGCGAGAGGUCAGCGCUCAAGUUUUCCUCCACGAUGGACUGCCUGCGCAAACCUGGAAGGAAGAAGUGAUUUUUAUUGGCGUUUUAUAACCAGAACUGUUUUAAUUUAUAACGUUUUGUUCAGAUGCUGGCUGCCUCAGAACUAAGUAUUUAUUUUUGCGUUGAUUACUUUUUGUAGAGGACAGCUUGCUUGCGUUUUCAUCUCUGAUUCACAGCAACAGUGAUGCGGGUUUACCAGCAGGUGCAGUGAACAUUUGUAACACCAGGGGGCAGACUUGCUCCACAUGUCGCCAGAAAAAGUUUUCAUCCAUUUUUUUUAAUUCAGGGAAUGUUUAGCAUUUCUUCAAGACUAAAAACGCAAAAACAUUUGAUUAAGCCCUUUUUAAGUAUAUAUGUCUCUUAACUUAAUCACAAUAAACAACAUGUUUUAUACUUAAUGAGCAAUAUGUAUUUAAUUGUACUGCUGUUAAAAUAAAAUGUUCUUCAUUUUUCAAGGCACUAAGAAAAGCAGACUUGAGUGUGUUAAACUUUCCUGGAAUGUUUUGUUUCCAGUAUAACCAGUUAUUUAUUCUAAAAAACACAAAAUGUACUUUAUUAAAGAUACGUUUAAUUAGAUAAGCCAAGUUGAGAAAUUAUAAAGCUGUUUUGUUUUUCAAUGUAAGAAUAUAAUCUAAAGACCGUUAAACUAGUUAUGUCUUGUAUUCCUUUAAAGUGUUAUUUAUCAAAACUUUAAAGCUUACCGAGGGUUUUCAGUUUUUUUUUUGUUGUUGUCAUUCUGAGUCUAUUUUCAGAGGAAUGUUACCUGGACCUACAAAUUGCUCCGCCAUGAUGGAGUGGCUGGAUGCAAAGCAAUCUCCAGAGAUGGACGUCUUUAAAAAAAUGAGGAAGGUUCAACAAAAAAAUGCCGGAAAAAUAUCCAUCC